CCUGAAAGGGAUAAGACAUUUGAGCAACGGGAAAAAACGGAAGACGAGAUUAAACCCGUCACAUGGACAGACAAUGAUGUAGUGGCAUUAAAAAACCUAAAGAAAGCUGGGUUCCCCGGAGUCGAAAGAGUCGAAAAACACUUUAAGCUAGCCAAAUCUGCGGUCCCGGACUUCGACGGCAAGCCAAACAAUAAGAAAAGGUUCAGAGUAGGAGCAAUUGCUAGCACUGUUGCUGGAGAUUCGAGCUACCCACCAAUGACAGAAGAAGAGCAGAAAAGUUUGGCUGAACAGAUCUUCAAGGAACGUAUCGCGAUCGCUGCGCGCCCACAUACAUGUAACCCGUUCGGAUUGAGUUCAGCCGAAAUGGUCGCUUUGGGGGACUUAGGACAGGAACACCUUGCGAGGCUGCACGGUAAUGAACGAAAGGAGACGCGCAAGGAACAGAUUGCCAAGUCUGCUCGAAAGAUCCUCGGUCCUCCGCUAGCCACCGGGAAAGGUACUCCGGAGCAGCAACAGAAUCGCAGGGACCAUUCCAAGCGUACCAUGCAAACAACUUUAAAUAAAAAGCUGUUGAAACAGAUCAACGUGCCAUUGACCCCUAAAAGGAGAGGCAGACCGCCUCGUCAGUCAGCAGAAGACACGACGCGGCUAGACAACAACCUCAAUGGUAGUGGAGUAGAGAGCUUGGAAACUUACGCGGAUCGGACCAAUCAUCGUAGCUCAGUUCUCGAUCAAGAAGCCCAGGAGCCUGCUGCUCGUUUCGUUACCAAAAAGAGAAAACACGUCGAAGGAGAGACCUCGACCAGCAAGAAGCCACGUACCACGCACAGCUCUACGCCGGCCCAGAUUGCGACAGAUGCUCUUCCUUUACACGCACAGCCGUCUUCCCCUUCGCCUCUUCACCCUUCGCCUUUUCACGAUCUACACACUCAUCCUCUGCCCACUGACUCACCACCUGCUCGACCUUCUUUCAGCCUACCUUUCGACCCAUUCACGCCACUCGUUCAUGAUCGCGAAUAUGACAAGAACCUAGACGGUCUGAAGUUCCUGCUGAGUAUGCCAGAGCAUGCUCCCCCUUCUGCCCCGCCAGAGGAUGCUCCCCCCACUGCCUCGCCACCUCCCGGUUUGGAUAAUAAGCUUCCAAAGGAUGGUUUUUGAUCAUUUCUAGUUCAAGCUUCAGUACGCCCAUAUUGAAGGCAAGGAUGGCCGCCAACAUUCAGUGUGUACCCAAAAAGACUUUCUUGUAUCUUUCCUGUCUUUUUUUCUCAAUUCUCAUCUGCGUUUCCGC